AGGCGGGUCCUCACGAAAUCACCCGAUGGUGGAAGGCGAUGUCGACGAAUCGGCGUCCGGGACGUCGGGAACCAACAAGAAAAUUUUGUUCACAAAAAAACCCUCGGUAUGGAAAGAUUUUGAUAAUUGGAUAAAUGACGAGCCAGAAAAUCGAUACGACUUAUUUCAAGUGGUAAAAUCUGCAAUGCUUCUUCAAUCAGGAUAUACAACUAUUUUGAUGGAUCAAGUAACUGAUAAUGGAGCUGAUGAAUUGAGAAUAUCUCUAGAAUAUUCCAAUUUCAUAAAAAUUGUCAAUAGCACGAAAUUGGUAGUAGGCAAAGAACAAUGUCCACCUUCAAAUGUUUUCACCCUGCUUGCGGAAAUAUUUGCAAAUACACCCGGAAAUACUUCGGAAGUCGGGCGAAUCAGUACUUGGUUGACCAGCCAUCUUGGAGCUCUAUUGCAUAAUGAUGUAAUCUGGAAGAUCCAUUUUUUCGAUCCCGAUCUUUUUCGCUCUGUAUACUGGCAGUUGAUAUUUACAUUGAAGUUAGCUCCAGGCGAUACGGAAAAUCUGGAAGAAGACGAAAAUUAUGCAAAGCUAUUGUUCUCCUGUUUUAUCACUGCCGUUAUGGUUGCACUUUGGCAUGAUCACGAGAUGUCGUUCAAUUCAAUAUGUCCUGACUAUCUAAAACCUGAAACUGCUUCUGAAUAUAUGGUGAUGUUAAUUUCGUCGCCUCCAUUUAGGAGUCUAUCACAAUUUUUCCUUUUUGGACUUCAUCUUCUUGGAAAGUAUCAGUCGGAAGGCGGUUGUGUAGUGGUUCGGGAAGAAGCAUAUAUUGCAGAAAUCAGACAAAAUGACGAAGAAAAGAGACAAAGUAUUGAAACUCGGACUAACUUGAUUUCCGAUGACAUGGUUUAUGACGACGGAGAAGAUCUAUUGGAACAAAUCGAUCGAGUUCAGCAGUUACAUGAAGCACAUUGUAUUGUUCUGUUGAAAAAGGGGUUUCUCAAAGCUCCCGAUGGCUUCAAAAUAGUUCAAAAAGGUGGCCGACCAAGAAAAUAUCCUGCAAGUGCUACUAAAAAGCGAAAGGUUGAUGGAGCAACAAUAUCGGGUGAAGUAGAGGAUAGACAACCGCAUCAAAGCCCUCGUCUUCAGAAGAAAACACCGAGAUCGUCGCCAAAGAAAAAAAUGAGCAAGGAAUCUCCGAUAAACCAUCAGAAAGAGCCCAUUGAUGAGCAAAAACCUUCUACAUCAUUGCCCAUUUAUUCUGUUGCCACGCUGAAGCCACGUCGAAAAGUUGUCAAAACGGCGGACGAAGUUGGACUAUGUGCACCAAUUUUUGUAAUGCAAUCUGAACUUCUCAAAAAGUUCAGAGAAGAGGUUCAACGUCGGUAUGCCGAAGGAUCUAGUGCUAGUGACCAGGAAAGAGUUCGAAAUAUGGUUUAUGAAGCAUAUGACAAUAUAUAUCAUAUUAAUCGACUCUCGGCAAAUGAAGGGCCUCGGAUCCUCACAUCAGACCAGAAGUUGGUAAUGCAGCAAUAUAAAACAACAUUUCGCCAAGGUCCUACUUUUGCAGAAGAAACUGAAAGCGAUGUAGAGGAAGAGGAGGAAAAGAAAGUUGUGGAAGUUGUGACUGCAAAAGUGAUCAAAGGCUCGGCGAAAUCUUCAAAAAAGUUCAAACGUCGUUACUGAAAAUGUUCUGAAAUCUAGAUUAUGUGUGUCUGUAUAUAUUAUUCUAUAUUUAUUUCAUGUGGCUUUAAAAUUCCCGUCUAGCUGUUAUAAUCUUAUGAUAUUUUGAAAAUUUGAAAAUUUUAUUGAUAUUCUGCGUGCCUAUAUGAUAUCCGCUGUAUUCAUCUAUCUCGUGAUGUUCCCCGUUUUACCUACCUCGGAAUAUUUCCAAUUGCAUCAUGCAUUAAUUGUACGAGGAUACUCAUCGAUUCACCCCCUAAACAUUCAUUAUUACUUUAUUGACUUAACCGCUUAUAAAAAUGAAUACGAAUAAACUGUAAAAUAUAACAAUCAAGAA